AUGUUUCCAGCCGCAGUUGGAGUUGUGGAUUGCACACAUGUUCGUAUUCAAAAGCCUUCCCAAUUUGGAGAUGAAUGUAUAAACCGAAAACGUUUUGCGAGCAUCAAUGUACAAUGGCCCGGUUCUACCCAUGACAGUAGAAUCUGGAAAAGGUCUAACAUUUGUGCCGUUAUGCGUCCCAAUGCAGAACAAGCUUUGCUCCUUGCAGAUGAAGGGUAUGGAAUAGAGCGCUGUUUAAUGACUCCCUAUCGAAUUCCAAAUACACCACAAGAGAUCCGGUACAAUAAUUUGUUGAAGAAGGAAAGAGCUUGUAUUGGACAGGUGAAGCAAAGAUUUUCCAUACUGCAAUAUAAAACUCAAGUGAAGCUUACAAACAUCCUAAAACUAAUAGUUUGCUGCAUUAUUCUACACAACAUCGCAAAAACACUAGGCGAUCCCGACUUCGAAUUGGAAGAAGUGCAGCUUAAUAAUGAGAUAAAUAACCCUGUUGAACAAAAUGCGGACGACGACUUUAACAACAUUAAGAGAAUUGGAAUGCGAAGACGGGAGGAAAUUGCCCAUCUCAUUUUUCAACAGGGUAAUUUGAAAGUUAUACUUGGACGGCAUUUUGCAGAAAGGAACUAACCCACAACGCAAACCUUAUUGAGUAAUUAGGCUUUCGAGUUUUGACAAUAUUAAAAAAUUCAUCAUAAAUUAAAAAAAAAUUAAUCAAUGCCAUCUUAAAGGUGUAUAUAAUAAAUAACUAAAAUCUUUAAAGGAUAUAAUGCAUU